AUGCCGCAUUACGACUCGCCCGCCUCUCCGGCCGACACGCCUGUGCAGACCGGCGACUACGUCAGCAUCCACUGGGACGACCUCACCGUCGAAGGCACCUCAGUCAACCGCCCUCAGGUGCCGGCCAAGGUGACCUCGGUCUCCACAGAGGGCUUCACCGCCGAGAUGCUCUUCUUCCAGCCGCCGUCGAGUCUUGUCCCACGCGAUUUUGACUAUCUCUUUGACGACCCGGACUGGGAGCGGCUGGAGAUUGGCGAGAUGAGCGAGCGGCAGCGCCUCAAGUACCUCUUCGACGAGCUCAAGCGUUUUGCCGUCCUUGUCAACCAGCAGCUGGCGCCGACGAACCUCGACCGCAUCGUGUCGGGCAAGCUCGAGACGCGCGGCGGGCUCGUCGAGCUGCAGCUCUGCUGCGCCAGACAGGGCCGCAACGGCAUCUGCGCGCGGCCGGUCCGCUUCACGGCCGGCGGCGUCGAGCGGACGGCGGCGACGUUGGGAAAGGUGCAAGAGUACCUGGACGAGCUCGCCGCCGCCGAGCCGUCCGGUGAGGGCAGCCGCAAGGCGAUGGGCCUCUCCUACUACGGCUUCGCCGAAGACGCGAGCGCGAUCGCCGAGCUUCUCCGCGACCGGGGCGGCCCCCACCAUGCGGCGCUGCGUGAGGCUUGCCGGGCGGCUGGCUUGCGCGUGGGCGGCAAGGCUGCGGAGCUGGCGGCGAGGCUGAAGGAGGCCAGCAAGCCGGGCCGGCUGCGCCACGCGCCCGACCGGCUCAAGGCCACCGCGGACCCGCGCCCUCUCCCGCGCGCGGACCAGCGGCGGCAGCCGCGAGGGGAGGCGCUCGAGGCGGACUCGCGACCAAUCUCGCAGCGCAAGCGGCCGCGCUCCGCGGCGCUCGGCGCCGACCAGCUCGCGCGCGAGCCUCGAGCGUCCCCGCGUCUCGCUGCGGGUCACGGAGAAGAUUCGGCGGUGGCAGCGCCGCCGCUCUCGGCGCCGCGCAGCGGCCACGCCUCGUCUGCACACCGCCUCCUGAGCAGACCACGUGGCCGCGCCCCGGCGGGCAAGGGCGGCACGAAUGCCCCGCGCACCAGCACGGCUUUCGCGGACAUCACCUCCGAGACGAUCGUCGCGCAGAGGCGCUUGGUGGCGCAGGCGCGGCUGACCCUCGAAGCUGACCUGAGGAUGCUCGAGCGCUCGCCUCCGGUGUACCGCCCGCCCUCGAAGGACGUGUUUGCGGACAGCUUCGACUACGCGGGCGAGCAGGCGACGUCCUUUCGGCAGCACGUGGAAGAGGCAAAGCGGUUCCUCGAGGACCUCGAGGCGGCGCGCGAGCAAGCCAACAAGAGCCGCUCGAGCGCCAACGCGGCGCAGGCCGUCCUCGAUCAGUUGCAGCAGGCCAAGGCCCACCAGGACCAGCGCCAGGCCAAGGAGGAGGAGGCGCGAACCACCUUCGCCACUCUGGCCGCGGCGAACGCCAAGGGCGACUACAGCGGCGCGCACAGCGCCGCGGUGGCGUACGCGGCGCUCGCCGAGGAGGUGAAGAACCUCAAGGACAACGAGUACGCCGCCAAGGAGCGCAUCCUCGCGCGGGCGGUUUGA